ACAGUGAAAGUGAAACUAAAAGAAGCCGGAGUUGAAGGGGAAGCCCAGCAGCUACUCUGUGUGUGGACAGCAGCACAGUCAGACAGCAGAGACCAGACACGGCCAUGACGAACUUCUCCACCAUCUGCAAGCUGUGCCUGGUGGCAGCGACCUGCUUCAUCAAAGCGUGCAGCAGCAGCUGUCCGGUGUUAGAGUGCUGGUUUGUGCAGGAGAAGACGGGUCGAGGAGGUUUAUCUGCAAAUCAGGAGACAUCCCUGCUUCACAUCAGAACAGACAGCCACACUGCAGAGACCCAGCCGGCUCCCUCCGACAUCCCCCCCGACAGGGUCUACUUUAUCACCGACCCAGCUGCCACUCUCUGCCACCGCUCUCUCAAUCCCCCCAGAGGCUCAGUGGAGAAGCCCCGAUGUGAGAUGAUCCCCUUCCUGCCGCAGCCUUCCACCCUCAAAUGGGUCGCUCCCCUCACAGACUCCGCCUCCAGCCCCAUUUACCUGCAGGCUGAUUGGUUUUCCACUUCCCUUCAGGGCCUCAACAGACAGCUGGCCAUUUCCACUGUCACGCGUGCUCCCACAGCAACCAAAGAGCAUGAUGUGGUCCUGAGCGUGACCAGUAAAACCGUCUUCGUGCAGUCCAGACUCGGGAAACCAGUGUUGCUGGAUUGCGGCUUCUGGGUCGACCCCUCCUCGCCUCUGUCCGGGUCUGGUUUUGCCGUAGAGUGGCGCUACCAGUUCCGAGGUGAUGGACGCUUGGUUCUGGCCUACGACGGCAAAGCGGACCGCUUGGCCAAAGCACAAGAGGAAGGGGCCACACUGGACUUCGACGGUUUGCACCAGAAAGGGAAUGCGUCCCUGAUCCUGCCGGAGGCUAAAGUGCAUCACUCUGGGAUGUACAUUUGCACGGUGUAUCUGCCCUACCUUGUGGCCCAGGUGGCGAUGGAGCUUGAGGUUGUCGAACCUCCAUCCCUCUCCAUCCACCCGUCCCCUCUGCCCCUCACUGUUUCCGGCCAGACUUUGACCAUCCAGUGUGAGGCGUCCGGCUUUGUCCCCCUCUCCAUGGAACUGAGCUGGGAGUUUAAAGGCACCGAUGGGAAGUCCAGACCUCUGGGGUCAGGCAGCGUGACGGGCCACAGGCAGGCCUGGGAUGGGACCUAUAGCCAGAGCACCAGGCUGGAGCUCGACACAACGAAGCUGGACCUGGGCCGAGGAGGGGAGGUCACCUGUGUGGCUGUCCACCUUGGAGACCCGCGACAAGCCAGCGUGACCCUCAAUGUCAUUGGGUUCAGCUCCCCCUCCAUUGAGGACUCGAUGGCGAUGGUGGGGGUAGCGCUGGUGCUCUACGGUCUUAUCAAGUUCGUCUCUUGGACCUUCACCAGCUCAGGCUCAGAUGAGGCUGUUCAACAAGACAAGAAAGACAAGUAAAGAAGAGCGAAGUGAACUGCUGUGGAAGCGUGGCACUGACCCAACAAACCUGUCUGUUUUGAUAUUUAGUAGGAUGGGCUUUCAGAAGGGACUCUCCUCCUGUUCAAGCAGACAGUUAUGUAUUUUUGUUUAAAGCUAUCGUGGUAAAUCUUUCUUAACUUAAAAUGUAUUUUUCACAUUUUUCCAGUUCUGCCGGGGUAUCAGUGAGAGAGGGCUUAUGCUCAAUCUAAACAUGUUUUUUUGUGAUAUUUCUUUCACUUUAAAGCAAAAAUAGUUGUUAUAUCAUACUGUCCUCCCCCUGUUUCCAUAUUGUAUCUUGUCAUGAACACUGGAGAAGUUUUAGAAACCUCGAAGACUUUUAAAAUGGUGUUGAUAUAUCAGCUUCAAUUUGAAGAUGUUAGUGCUUCCAUAUGAUCCUUUUGUAAUUGAUCCAGGACAGUAAACUUAAUAUUAGACUAAACUGUCCAAACCCACAAAGAGAAUGCUGUUUUUGUAAAUGUAGAAAAAAUAAUGUAUGCAUAUAUUCUGACGUUUUUGUUACGUGUGUGUGUGUGUGUGGUAUUGCUCUAAUUGCGUGUCGGUAGGAGCGAUGCUCCACCAGCCUUGGCUAAUUAAUGUAUUAUUAAACUUAUUUAGAGGUUAAUGAAAGCACAUAGUUCUACCGCACGGAAAAUCUAAAUUUGUGUUUAGAAUUUUAGGAUUACAAUUAAAGUCUGCAUUUGAAAUUUAAAAAAAACAUGCUGCCUCCAGUUUCCUGUUUUGAAAUGAUCAUCAAGAAAAUAAACUGGAAAUAGUCA